AUGGAUGCUGGGAGCUGGACUCUGGACCUCAUCACGCGUAUUGGGCUUUCAAUCUCGAUCGUCUGCCUGGCAUUGGCCAUCAUGACCUUUUGCUGUUGCCGAAUUCUGCACGGAACGCGGAACACCAUCCACAUCCACCUGUGUGUUUCCCUUCUGCUUGGCCACUGCAUCUUUCUAAUUGGCAUCGAAGCUUAUACCAACCCGGUGGUGUGUGGAAUAGUGGCCGGGCUCCUGCACUUCUUCUACCUCUCUGCUUUCUGCUGGAUGUCCCUGGAAGGGUUGGAACUCUACCUGAUGCUUGUCGAGGUCUUCAAAACCCAAGUGAAGACAAGAUACCUGCUGGCGAUGGGCUAUGGAGUGCCGAUCGUGAUCAUCACCAUUAGCGCAGCAGUGGUCCCCGAGGGAUACGGGACUGAGACACAUUGCUGGUUGUCUAUUAAACGCAAUUUUAUCUGGAGCUUCAUGGGCCCUGUGUGUGCCAUUAUCCUGGUGAAUUGUGGAAUUUUUGUAUUGACUGUAUAUAAACUGGCUGAGAAAAUGACAACGAUCAACCCCGAGCAAGGCAAAUUAAAAAGAUUAAGGACUUUGACGAUAACCUCAGUAGCCCAGCUGUGCAUUCUGGGCUGUUGUUGGGCAUUUGGAUUCCUCAUGUUCGGCCAGGCAUCCUUAUUUUUUGCAUACGCGUUCACCAUCUGCAACAUUCUGCAAGGAGUCCAGAUCUUCUUCCUGCACUGCCUCAUGAACAAAAAGAUUCGGGAAAUAUACGGCAACCUGAUUUGUGCGAUCGUCCAUUUCAGAUCUCCAGUCUACUCCGAAUUCACCAACAGCAGCAAUGUCAAUACACAGAGCAGGGCCAAGCUACACAAGGAGUCCGGCCUAUGA